AUGAAUAUUCUAAUUUGGAACAACAAAGGAGCUUUAAAACCUUCUUUUCAGACUAAUAUUCAUGAGUUAGCGCGUAGGCAUAAUCCGGCUAUUCUUGUAGUGAUGGAGACUAAGUUGGGUGGUAACAAAGCCAGGGAAGUCUCAGAUAGAUUGCCAUUUGAUGGAGCCAUUCAUAUGGAGACGAUUGGUUUCACUGGUGGAUUGUGUCCCAGAGUUGAAGAGAAAUGUAUUCUUUGGAACAAUUUAUCUAAGGUUGCAGAAUUGCAUAAUAAGCCAUGGAUUAUGGUGGGGGAUUUUAAUGAGCCUCUUGUGCAAGAGGAUAAAUUUGGAGGCAGGGGGGUUAGUGUUAAUUGGUCUUUGGCCUUCAAAGAUUUCUUAGAUUUUUGCAAUAUGGUUGAUAUGGGUUUUUCUGGUCCAAGGUAUACUUGGACUAAUAAAUGGGACAUCAACAAUCUCAUUCUGGAGAGGAUUGACAGAUUUUUCAUGAACCCAGAUUGGUGUGUUCUCUAUCCUGAAGUGAAAGUUUCCCAUCUUCCCUGA